ACACUGAUACUAAAUCUUUUAAAGUAGUUAGAUUGAAGUAUUUUAGACCAUAGAUAAAAACAGCAUUUUUAGGUUGGCCAUUAGGAAUACACACCUAAAUUUUUAUGAAAUUAAAUUCAUAAGAUUUAAAUUGUGCAAGAGUUUGUGGGAUCUUAUGACUGCUUUUAUUUAGCUGACUGUUGAGUGGACUCUAAUAAAAUAUAUAAAUUGUGAAAUAUGAAAAACUUAGAACUUAUUCAGAGCUUCAAACCAAACACUAGUUUAACUUCAGCAUUGUUUGAUUAGUCUCAUGAAACACUGCCUCCUUCAGUCUGAGGUGUUUGGUAUGAUUCUUUGUCAUAAUGUGAGCUCCUUUCUCCUCACCUGAAAAAGGUGCGCUUACCAUAGGAUCUGUGGUUCUUUAAAAAGCGCCCCCCCCACCUUUUUUUAAUUGUUACUUUUCUCCUUAAAAACCAAAGCUAGUAUUUUUGAGGCUUUGUUUGUGUUAGUGCAAGCCAGGAAGAGCAGACACUCACCCAGCGGGCUCAGGGAUGGCUAUCUGGAGAAAACCUGAGUGCCCUGGGUGGUCUUGACUGACCAUGUGGGCCUUGAUGGCCCCAGAGCAGCCUACACACUUCGGUGGUUAUCACUUAGCCCCGUUGGGAGGUCUGCUUAUUGCUCUGCCACUGAGAUCUUAGUGAUUACAGAUUUUCAUUGUAGAAGCCUCCUUUGCAACUGAAGAAAAUGAUCUUUGGAAUUUGUUUUUUUAACUUUUUAAACAUUUUAAGAAAUACUUAUUUUUGGCCUGGCUGGGUCUUCUUCAUUGCUGCGCAGCUUUGCUCUAGUUGCAGAGAGUGGGGCUACUCUCUAAUUGUGUUGUGCAGGCUUCUCACUGUGGGUGGCUUCUCGUUGCUGAGCACGGGCUCUAGGCACAUGGGCUCAAUAGUUGUGGCUCACAGGACUAGUUACUCUGUGGCAUGUGGGAUCUUCCUGAACCAGGGAUCAAACUCAUGUCCCCUGCACUGGCAGGCAGAUUCUUAGCCAUUGGACCACCGGGGAAGUCCCUGGAGUCGAACCUUUACUUUGAUUUUCCUCUCAACCCUAUCUCUUAAAAGUAUAAAACAAGAGGGGGUGGGGGCAGCGGUGGUGAAUGGCAGGCUGCAACUAGGAUAUUAUUUUAGUCGGCUAAGUGUGAACAGGGCCUCAGCAGCUAUCACUUAAAUUUGUAUUUUUGUAUCUUUCAAAGUGUAGGGUGGGUAGAAAUUUUGUUUUAAGAAAAAGCAAAGUACUUCUCGGAACACGUGAUAAUACUUGAGAUAUCCAAAGUAGGUUGCAUGGGUUUCGGAGAGAAGAGCAUACACAGGAGUCACAUCUGUGCCUCCUUGGUUCAGGAGGUUGGCCAUGGCUCAGCCCAACUGCCUGUGACCUUAGUUGACAUACCAACUUUUCCUAGCUCUGUUUUGUGUUGAAAUUAGAGGUGUUUAACAGCUUCUUCCAGAGAAGGCAAUGGCACCCCACUCCAGUACUCUUGCCUGGAAAAUCCCAUGGAUGGAGGAGCCUGGUAGGCUGCAGUCCAUGGGGUUGCAAAGAGUCGGACACGACUGAGUGACUUCACUUUCACUUUUCACUUUCAUGCAUUGGAGAAGGAAAUGGCAACCCACUCCAUUGUUCUUGCCUGGAGAAUCCCAGGGAUGGGGGAGCCUGGUGGGCUGCCGUCUAUGGGGUCACACACAGUCGGACACGACUGAAGUGACUUAGCAGCAGCAACAGCUUCUUCACAAGCCUGCUGUGGGCCAGGUAGUUUCCAGACUGAGGAUAAAGAAAUGAAGCAAUGUGGUCUCUUGAAGAUCUUAAACUGGAAGGAAGCAGGCUCUGACAUGAUGGCAGGAGACACUCUACACUGAGCAACCUCCUCAAUGAUGCUUAUUCACAGACCACAGUUUGACUAGCAGGGGACAAAGAACUAAAGACAGCUUUGCAUCCUCAGCGGCUGAGUCUGGCACUAGGUUCAUUACUGGAUGGAGAAGAUUAAACUGUCAGUUGACAUUAACUUGUACUUAAAAAUUCAACAGCAGUGAGAUAAGAAAGGUUGGUCUGCCCUCUUCAUGAAACCCAACAGGACUGCCCUGUCACUAAAGGUACAGCCCUGUAAGGAGGACUUCCCAGAUUCUAGAUAGAAUCUGAUGGAAGAGAGAAAUUCAUGUAGAAUCCACGAUCCUUCAUUGUGGAAGGAGGGGUAGGGGGAAUUGGACUUAAAUCUUGAUUUGCAUUUGAUUGCUUGGAAAUCUUUGGUGUGGUCCUUAACUCUUCUGAGCUGCAGUUCUCAUUUUAACUGUAAAAUGAAGCUAUUGCCACCCUUCAGGGCUGUGAAGAUUAAAUGGGGAAAUAGACCACACCAACAUGUAGUGUUAUUGUUCAGUCUCUCAGUGGUGUACGAUUCUUUGCAAGCCCAGGGAUGGUAGCCCAUCAGGCUCCUCUGUCCAUGGACUUUUUCAAGCAAGAAUACUGGAAUGGGUUGCCAUUUCCUCCUCCAGGGGAUCUUCCCCACCUAGGGAUCAAACCUGUGUCUCCUGCAUUGCAGGUGGAUUCUUUACCACUGAGCCACCAAGGAAGCCCACCAACAUGUAGUAAUUGUUGACAGAUGUUUGUUUCCAAGGACUUCCCCCUCCUUUUGAGGUUACCGGGUUUUCAGUAACUUGGGAUAGUGUAACUACUGUGUUGCUCCUGCGUUGAAGGAUUGUUUAUUACUGAGAAGGGCAUGGUAAAGAAGGAGUUGAAAGUCUUUUUUUGGCUGCCUAUGAUCCUGUGCAGUGGAUUUGUAUGAAGAGAAGGGGACACAAGUGAAUUUGAAACUGUCAGUCCACGUGAAUUUGAAUUUCAAAGGGUUAUUCUUGCUUUAAUAAAGUUAUCAAGUUGUCAUUUAAAGAAGGCUGAAUAGAAUUUGCUAUGUUGAUAUCAGUUUUCUAGCCCCCUUGAUCCCGCCCUGAAGGAGCUGUGUUUCGAGCAGUGGGUCUUCAUGUGCGCCUCUCUGAGAUCGGCCGGAGGGUGACUCCCUCUAGGGAGGGAGAAUCUGUUCUCGGAGGGCUUCCUUCACCCUGGAAGUGACACUAGGAGAUCAGGGUCUUACUUCCUGAGCAAACCGGUUUCCUCCCAGUGGCUUCUUUUCAAAUUAAGUCCCUAUAGAACUUGUCAAGAGUGAUUUUGGGAUUUGUGUUCAGAAGCAUAGAGCAGUCUUUGACGCCUGUCACAAGUGGCAGGAUUUCUCUGUUGAGGACAAGCUUACUUUUUUUUUUUUAAUUUUUAUUAGUUGGAGGCUAAUUACUUCACAGUAUUGUAGUGGGUUUUGUCAUACAUUGACAUGAAUCAGACAUGGGUUUACAUGUAUUCCCCAUCCCGAUCCCCCCUCCCACCUCCCUCUCCACCCGAUUCCUCUGGGUCUUCCCAGUGCACCAGGCAGAAACAGAAUUCUCUAGGGAGUCAAGACCUGUAAGAGCUGAUAUCUAAGAGUGAAAACCAAAGUAGAGCAUGUCUCCUAACCCACUCUUUUAAGAUUAUUUGUGUGGUCUUGGGAUAACUCAGAAGAGCCUUGAUAGAAUAAAUCGGAUCUGACUGGUGACCAAGCGGCUAGUGAGAGACUAUCAUUAGUUGUGGAUUUGCUUGAAGACAGGCCCACUACCCACUCAGAUACGAAUCUGUUUGGAGUGCAGUUUUGCUGGUUACAAGAAACCCUGAGAAAACCGGAGGCAGGGCCACUGGCUCAGUGAAUUUGGGGUGGUGCUGAGCUCCCAGAAGCCUUGUGCUGACACAUGGAAGGGUCCCUUCUGUUCUGCAGGUCAGAGCCCCAGGUCUCUUAAUGCCAGAGCCAAGGGAGAAGGGUGGGUGACAUCAAGCGGCAGGCAUGGUUUUUUUUUUUCUGCAUUAACCCUGUUCCUUAUGGUCUUCCCUCUGGGUGGCUGAGAACAGCUGGGGGAUGGUGUGGAAAGGAUGGAUUUCUUGCAGAAUUAUGUGCACCCUCAGAUAAGAGCUCUGCUGGGGUGGGGAAGGAGUUGAUGUGUUGAGACUAUACGACAGGGUGGAGGGUGGCCAGUGAUAACUGGAGUGGAACUAAGGGCCAGGGAGAAAGAGCCAAAUGUGGUGUGGCAGGCAGACAAGUUGACAGAGAUGACUGAAAAUUCAGAGGGCUUUCUGAGACCAUUCAUCCAGGUUGGAUCUGCUGCGGAUGAGAUCACUGUGGUCAGUGGCAUUUGGGCCCCCAUGACCUCUGUCAGGACCUGUGCUCCUGUUGCAUCAUGUGGCAGUAAGGACGUUGCAGAUGAAACUAAGGAUUUACUUAUCAGUUGACUUUAAAAUGACAUUAUCCUGGAUCAUCCAGAGGGCUCAAGGUAAGCCUCUGCCUGAGGCAGAGGAUGAGAUGGUUGGAUGGCAUCACUCAAUGGACAUGAGUUUGAGUAAACUCCAGGAGCUGGUGAUGGACAGGGAGGCCUGGUGUGCUGCAGUCUGUGGGGUUGCAAAGAGUCAGACACGACUGAGUGACUGAACUGAACUGAGGCAGAAGUCAGGUCCCAAGUGUAACAAGAUACUGUUGCUAUCCUAAUGAACAGGGCUGUGUGGAAAUGGGAGAAGAAAUCAAACUCUGGAAGCCAAGUUUUCUCAGUCCUCCAGAGAAGAGUUCAGCCCAGCCCACAUUGUGCCUGCAGCCCUGUGAGCCCCCAAGACUGCCGAUCACAAAAAUGGAGACAAUAAAUAAAUGAGUGUUAUCUGAAGCCACUAAAUUUGUGGUCAUUUGUCAUAGCUAAUGGAAAGCUAAGAUGGUCAUUUUCUCAGUGAAGUUUGUAUGCUCCAACCCAGUACUUCUCAAGUCUAGGGUACAUGUGAUUCAUCAAGGAAUCCUGUUUAAGAUGCAUAUUCUGGACUUCCCUGGUGAUCCACUAGAUAAGAAUCUGCCUGCCAAUGCAGGGGACAUGGGUUUGAUCCCUGGUACAGGAAGAUCCGACAUGCCAGUGGGCCAGCUAAGCCCAUGCACUCCAGCUACUGAGCCAGCACACCCUGGAGUCCAUUCUCUGUAACAAGAGAAGCCACCACAAUGAGAAGCCCCACUUGCCACAACUAGAGAGAGACUGUGUAGCAACAAAGACCCUAAAAAACAAAACUAUAAACUCUUCUGAUGCGGCCAUAUCUGGGGUGGGGCCUGAGAGUCUGCAUUCCUGAUAUGCUCCCAUCUGCUGCUCCCAGGAGCACCUUUGCCCACAAGGUCUUGUGCAUCCUGGUCAGUGUACAGCCUGGAAUUCAGAGCCAGGGCAAAGGAGGGAAGGAGGGAGAACUGAGUGGAGAAAGGCCUAGUAUACAUAUCAUGAUGCUGUGGAACAGUAUUCACAGAGGUUGAAGUGGAGAGGAGCCCUGUGUUAUGAGCCCCUGGCUUUUACGUCUUGAGCUUCAUAGCUGUGGUCCGUGGCCUGCAUGGCAGGCAGGACCUUGAUAAAGGAUGGGAUGUUUCCAUGUCCUUUGCUUUUUUCUGAGGCCUUAGAGCUGGCAGCCACUGGUGCUACCUUCCUGAGGUGGUCAGACUGAUGGUGCCAGUCUGACAUGUAGCAGUGUCCCUGCCAGCACCCCCUUUCUCCCAGCUGAAUAGAAGGUCAGCGUCUGGAGGCCACUGGCUUGGAGAUGAAGGGAACUCACCUCAUCCACACACUGCAAAGUUGCUAUCACUUAGAAGGAAUGGUCAUUCAUUAAAAAAAAAACAAAACAGAAUUUAGACUUCCCUGGCAGUUGAGUGAUCAAGACUCUGCACUUCCAAGGUAGAGGUUUGAUCCCUGGUCAGGGAACUAAAAUCCCACAUGCUGCAAGGCACAGCUUACAAAGUUUUAAAAAAUUAAAAAAUGUUUUAAAUGUGUAUCAGGAAGUGUACUAGGAUCUUGGGACACAUAGGGGAUCAAAACAAGAUCCCCGUCCUCACGGAGCUCACAGCCUAAUAACUACAGUGAGGCUGAAGCUGCUUCUGGCAGGCUCUGUGUGGGUGGCUGUAACUGCUGCUUUUCCAGGAGGCAGUGGCCUCUGGCCAGGGUGGGCUGCUCCCCCUACUAUGCUUGCCUUCUGCCUCUAGCCAGCACUCACCAGGUCUGGGGAGCCUCCUCCGAGGAGACUCAUUGGAACUGACUUUAAAUGGCUUUAAGUUAGGAUCUACCCAGGAUGGCCGUAACCACGUCUGCAGACCCAGUCUUCAGAAUGCUCUCCUUUUAUAAAUGCUUUGAGACAAAGGAUUGUGGAAGGCUCUGUCAGAUCCCUAACUCCAGUGGACAAGAAGUUUAGCAGGUAUAGAACAUGCAGAAUUCAAAAAUCUGUAUUAAUUGGGAAAGAAUAGUGUGAAAUUUGUAAGUAUGUUGCAAGUAUAAGAAACACAUGUUAGCAUUUAAAUGUAGUGCAAGGGCUCCGGAAAGCCUCCUCUGGUUUCUGGGGUUUCACAGAGAAGCAGCUGUUUUUAAAGAGUGUCCCAGAAUCUAUCCCAGAGAGUUAAUGAGGCACCCCAAAUAAAGUGAUAUCCCAGCAGACCCCAAGGAUCAGCCAGAUAUGGGGUGCCCCAGACCUCUGUGACAGCCUUACUGGAAGCACCCCAACCAGUCAACUGUGUUGAUACUGCAGAUGCAAACAGCAGUGCAUUUUUCUCUUUAUAGUCUGGAUGGGUGUCUUUUUGACCCUGAGCCUUCUGAUUAGGGGUGGCCUGGGCAGAGGAGCACAGCCUGUCCUUUGGGCUGUUGCAGAUAUGCCUAGUUGAGUCUUUCUAGACUCUUUUCUCUUAUAGAUUAUUACAGAAUAUUGAGUGCUAUACAGUAGGUGUGACUGCUGUUAGAAGCAAGGUCUGAUGCUGUAAAGAGCAAUAUUGCACAGGAACCUGGAAUGUUAGGUCCAUGAAUCAAGGCAAAUUAGAAGUGGUCAAACAGGAGAUGGCAAGAGUGAAUGUCGACAUUCCAGGAAUCAGUGAGUUAAAAUGGACUGGAAUGGGUGAAUUUAACUCAAAUGACCAUUAUAUCUACUACUCUGGGCAGGAAUCCCUUAGAAGAAAUGGAGUAGCCAUCAUGGUCAACAAAAGAGUCCAAAAUUCAGUACUUGGGUGCAAUCUCAAAAACGACAGAACUAACACCCAAAAAAGAUGUCCUUUUCAUUAUAGGGGACUGGAAUGCAAAAGUAGGAAGUCAAGAAACACCUAGCAAAUUUGGCCUUGGAGUAUGCAAUGAAGCAGGGCAAAGGCUAAUAGAGUUUUGCCGAGAGAACGCACUCGUCAUAGCAAACACCCUCUUCCAACAACACAAGAGAAGACUCUACACAUGGACAUCACCAGAUGGUCAACAUCGAAAUCAGAUUGAUCAUAUUCUUUGCAGCCAAAGAUGGAGAAGCUCUAUACAGUCAGCAAAAACAAGACCGGGAGCUGACUGUGGCUCAGAUCAUGAACUCCUUAUUGCCAAAUUCAGACUUAAAUUGAAGAAAGUAGGGAAAACCACUAGACCAUUCAGGUAUGACCUAAAUCAAAUCCCUUAUGACUAUACAGUGGAAGUGAGAGAGAGAUUUAAGGGACUAGAUCUGAUAGACAGAGUGCCUGAUGAACUAUGGACAGAGGUUCAUGACAUUGUACAGGAGACAGGGAUCAAGACCAUCCCCAUGGAAAAGAAAUGCAAAAAGGCAAAAUGGCUGGCUGAGGAGGCCUUACAAAUGCUGUGAAAAGAAAGGAAGCGAAAAGGAAAAACAAAGGAGAAAAGAAAAGAUAUAAGCAUCUAAAUGCAGAGUUCCAAAGAAUAGCAAGGAGAGAUAAGAAAGCCUUCCUCAGAGAUCAAUGCAAAGAAAUAGAGGAAAACAACAGAAUGGGAAAGACUAGAGAUCUCUUCAAGAAAAUUAGAGAUACCAAGGGGACACUUCAUGCAAAGAUGGGCUCAAUAAAGGACAGAAACGGCAUGGACUAACGGAAGCAGAAGAUACUAAGAAGAGGUGGCAUGAAUACACAGAAGAACUAUACAAAAAAGAUCUUCAUGACCCAGAUAAUCACAAUGGUGUGAUCACUCACCUAGAGCCAGACAUCCUGGAAUGUGAAGUCAAGUGGGCCUUAGAAAGCAUCACUAUGAACAAAGCUAGUGGAGGUGAUGGAAUUCCAGUUGAGCUGUUUCAAAUCCUGAAAGAUGAUGCUGUGAAAGUGCUGCACUCAAUAUGCCAGCAGAUUUGGAAAACUCAGCAGUGGCCACAGGACUGGAAAAGGUCAGUUUUCAUUCCAAUCCCUAAGAAAGGCAAUCCCAAAGAAUGCUCAAACUACUUCACAAUUGCACUCCUCUCACAUGCUAGUAAAGUGAUGCUCAAAAUUCUCCAAGCUAGGCUUCAGCAAUACAUGAACCAUGAACUUCCAGAUGUUCAAGCUGGAUUUAGAAAAGGCAGAGAAAUCAGAGAUCAAAUUGUCAACAUCUGCUAGAUCAUCUAAAAAGCAAGAGAGUUCAAGAAAAACAUCUAUUUCUGCUUUAUUGACUAUGCCAAAGUCUUUGACUUUGUGGAUCACAAUAAACUGUGGAAAAUUCUGAAAGAGAUGGGAAUACCAGACCACCUGACCUGCCUCUUGAGAAACCUGUAUGCAGGUCAGGAAGCAACAAGUAGAACUGGACAUGGAAAAACAGACUGGUUCCAAAUAGGAAAAGGAGUUCAUCAAGGCUGUAUAUUGUCACCCUGCUUAUUUAUCUUAUAUGCAGAGUACAUCAUGAGAAAUGCUGGGCUGGAAGAAGCACAAGCUGGAAUCAAGAUUGCUGGGAGAAAUAUCAAUAACCUUAGAUAUGCAGAUGACACCACCCUUAUGGCAGAAAGUGAAGAGGAACUAAAAAGCCUCUUGAUGAAAGUGAAAGAGGAGAGUGAAAAAGUUGGCUUAAAGCUCAACAUUCAGAAAACUGAGAUCAUGGCAUCUGGUCCCAUCACUUCAUGGGAAAUAGGGAAACAGUGUCAGACUUUAUUUUUUGGGCUCCAAAAUCACUGCAGAUGAUGAUUACAGCCAUGAAAUUAAAAGAUGCUUCCUCCUUGGAAGGAAAGUUAUGACCCACCUAGAUAACAUAUUAAAAAGCAGAGACAUUACUUUGCCAACAAAGGUCCAUCUAGUCAAGGCUGUGGUUUUUCCAGUGGUCAUGUAUGGAUGUGAGAGUUGGAUUGUGAAGAAAGCUGAGUGCCGAAAAAUUGAUGCUUUUGAACUGUGGUGUUGGAGAAGACUCUUGAGAGUCCCUUGACUGCAAGGAGUUCCAAUCAGUCCAUCCUAAAGGAGAUCAGUCCUGGGUGUUCAUUGGAAGGACUGAUGCUGAAGAUGAAACUCCAAGACUUUGGCCACGUGAUAUGAAGAGUUGACUCAUUGGAAAAGACCCUGAUGCUGGGAGGGAUUGGGGGCAGGAGGAGAAGGGGACAACAGAGGAUGACAUGGCUGGAUGGCAUCACUGACUCAAAGGACAUGAGUUUGAAUAAACUCCAGGAGUUGGUGAUGGACAGGCAGGCCUGGCGUGCUGCAAUUCAUGGGGUCAGAAAGAGUCAGACACGACUGAGAGACUGAACUGAACUGAACUGAACUGAUACAGUAGGUUCUUAUUGUUUACCUAUUUUAUACAUAGUAGCAGUUCAAUCUUUUUAUUUUAAACAUAUAUUUAUUUAGCUUCACUGAGCCAUAUGAGAUCUUUAGUUGUGGCAUGUGAGAUCUAGUUCCCUGACCUGGUAUGGAACAUGAGCACCCGGUACUGGGAGCUCGGAGUUUUAGCCACUGAACCACCAAGGAAGUCCCAUUUGUCGUUUUGAUGAUGGCCUGGCACACUUCCCACUUUACUCCGUGUGUCGCCAUUUUUUGUGAGUCUAGUAUUCUAGGGCUUCUGAAGUAGUAGUCUCCUGAGGCUGCACUCAGUCUCUUCCUGGCCUGACUGUCCCCAGCCUGCCCAGAAUGUGCCUCUGUCCACGGCAGUCCUGCCUCAGGGUCGUAUGGCUCCACACUCCUGCUCUCUGUUCUCAGGCCUGUCCGGGCAGUGGCUCUUUGCUGGUCACUGCCUGUCCUAUUUAGACCUGGUCAUUUGUGCUGUUUCAUGACGCCGAAGCAUCAAGUCUGUGAAAUAUGUAUCUUUUCCUCCCCCAGGCCAGGAACCUACCCUCUGCGCGCCUCUGGUCUCUUGCCCUCCUACCUGGGGCUGCCUGGGACAUCCCACCCUCUGAGGCAUCUGAAGCCCCUGCACCUAUUGUGCUGACUUCUGGCCAUACUCACUUUGCCCCAGUUCCUGAGGGCUGUUGCUCAGAAUUUAACAUUUCCUGCCCCAGGGUGAGGCACGUUCCCAUCCUAGUUUCCCCUGAAGUGCCUGGGAGGCGCUGGGAGAGCACAGCGGAGGCUGCCCUCCACAGUGAGGAUGAGAAAAGUCCAACCAGGGACUUGCUUUUAGUGGAGUUCCACUGGAGAUCCAGGUCUUUGCUCAGACCUGCCCUCCCAUACUGAAAAGCAUGCCUGUUUCUCUUAAGCGCCCAGUCAUCCACCACUCUGCACCUAAAACAGCGUUAAUCCAGAAUGCAAAUGUUUCUACUUACAAGAAAGUCUCCUUCAGCAGGGCUGCUGCAGGUAAGAGGGGGUGUCCAUGGUCUCUGCUUGCACUGACCCGUCUCUGCCUGGCCCCAUCACAGCUCCUGGCUGUGGCCCACCUCAGGCUAUGUGAUCCAGGCGAAGCUGCCAUACCGGCCAGUUUGCAGGGGUGAGGAGUUGCUUGAGCCGAGCUCAUCUGCAUGGUCUUUGCAGCCCCACGAGUUGGUGUUGGGGUAGCAUGGCCCCAGGCUGGUCCAAGGAGCGUGAACCCCAAGACACAGGUCAGGAGAAGUGCUGACCUGGGCUGGAGGGCUGGGGGCAGUGAGGAGUCCAGCAGCUGCUGGGGACCAUCUGGCCACCAUCUGGGGAGAACUCGCCUGAGAAAGGAACCCGCGGGGUCAAGAGAUGGGCAGGGAGGCAAACAGGAGACUUUUGGGUACAGCCAUGCCACCUUCAGACACUGCCUGCUGGGGACCCCACUUCUAAAAGAUGCUGCCCUCCCUUGGAGAGGCGGGGGCAGGAGAGAGGGGCUUUGUUUUAGGCAUUAGUCUUUCUUUCCUUUGCCACUGUCCCAGCUUGCUGCACAGACCUCAAAACCGUCUUCUCAUUCACAGGAAGACCCAGAGAACUGACCACCCAUACCCUCACCACCAACUCUGAGCCAAGAAAUGACAGACAACCCAUUUGACCGGGAUUUCUUGGUGUAAAACAUAAGCUUACACUUACCAGAAUGGAAAGGACUGCCUUGAAGGGGCCUGGACUGGCUCUCACUGAUCCUUAGGAGUGCAACCUGGAGCUUGGCAGCUCACCUUCAAUCCUGGCUCUGCCCCUCGCUCGAGCUGUGUGACCUUGGACAGUAACUUCUCUGUUUCUCAGCUUUGUUUGUAAACUAGAACAGUGUCUUAGAAGAAUGCCUGGCCAUUAGUGCCCAAUGCCUUAGCUACUUAAUACUGGUUUCUUUUUUUUUGGCCAGAUUUCAUGGUUUUAGUAACAGGCACACAGUGUGCACAGAAGCUGUCUGUUCUUUUUCUUUGGUGCGGAGCCUGGCUUGGGGAUUGAUGACCAGGUGGGCUGCGGUCUCCACAACAGCUUGGCAGUUCUUGGAGGAGCUGUGAGCAGUCUUGAGCACCGUGAGGUCUGUUGCCCAUCAGCAGCACUUCGGGGUCUUUGAUGGGCACCAAGACCUGGCCCUUGAAUCUCUAACGCACCCUGUUAUCUGUGCCAGUUGUGUUUCAGUUAAAAAAAAUUUUUCUUUUUUAAUUUAUUUGGCUGCCUUGGGUCUUAAUGGUGGUACACGGGCUUGGUUGCUCUGCAACACACGGGAUCUCUCCAACCAGGGAUGGAACCUGUGUCCCCUGCAUUGCAAGGUGGAUUCUUAACCACUGGACCACCAGGGAAGUCCCUCCACUUCAUUUUGACUUAAGGGUCUGACUGGUGCUGGAUCAGCUGCCUGGUCUCUCUUUGAUGAUCUAGGUCUUCACAUGGGGUCUGAGGGUGGCCAUGAGUCACAUAGGAAACGACUGCCUCCUCUGUAGGCAGCACUGAGGAAGAGAGCUGCUACGACUAGAAAAGAUUUAUUAUUUAGGAACAGAGGAUUUCUGUCUUCAAGAGUCUCCCUGGCCGAGGCACAUUGCUGCACUCUGACCACUGCGGACAUUUGGAGCCCACUUUUCAGCUAGGGAGACUUGCUCGGGGCUGAUCGUGGUUCCCUGGGAUAGAGGAGAAGCAUCUUCCCCAUCCAAGACUAGUCACUAAUUCAGUGUACCAAUGACUAAAAGAGCGGUGCAUCCUUGGCCUGUGAACCACCUAUGGGUGCAGAGAACAGGAAAACAGGUUGUGUGCCUGGCCCAGGAGACAUUUUUAAAUGGACUUAUCCCUGGGCUGGGUUCACCUUUUAAACCAGGCAUCUUAAGUGACUCUUUAAACUUCCCUUAUGAUUAUACGGUGGAAGUGACAAAUAGAUUCAAGGGAUUAGAUCUGACAGAGUGCCUGAAGAACUAUGGACGGAGGUUCAUGGUGACGUUGUACAGGAGGCAGACCAUCCCCAAGAAAAAGAAAUUCAAAAAGGCAAAAUGGCUGGCUGAGGAGGCCUUACAAAUAGCUGAGAAAAGAAAAGACAUGAAAGGUGAAGGAGAAAAGGAAAAAUAUAUCCAUUUGAAUGCACAGUUUCAAAGAAUAGCAAGGAGAGAUAAGAAAGCCUUCCUCAGAGAUCAAUGCAAAGAAAUAGAGGAAAACAACAGAAUGGGAAAGACUAGAGAUCUCUUCAAGAAAAUUAGAGGUACCAAGGGAACAUUACCUGCAAAGAUGGGCUCAAUAAAGGACAGAAAUGGUAUGGACCUAACAGAAGCAGAAGAUAUUAAGAGGUGGCAAGAAUACACAGAAGAACUAUACAAAAAAGAUCUUCAUGACCCAGAUAAUCAUGAUGGUGUGAUCACUCACCUAGAGUCAGACAUCCUGGAAUGCAAAGUCAAGUGGGCCUUAGUAAGCAUCACUACAAACAAAGCUAGUGGAGGUGAUGGAAUUCCAGUUGAGCUGUUUCAAAUCCUAAAAGAUGAUGCUGUGAAAGUGCUGCACUCAAUAUGCCAGCAAAUUUGGAAAACUCAGCAGUGGCCACAGGACUGGAAAAGGUCAGUUUUCAUUCCAAUCCCAAACAAAGACAAUGCCAAAGAACACUCAAACUACUGCACAAUUGCACUCAACUCACACACUAGCAAAGUGAUGCUCAAAAUUCUCCAAGCCAGGCUUGUCAACAGUACAUGAACUGUGAACUUCCAGAUGUUCAAGCUGGAUUUAGAAAAGGCAGAGGAACCAGAGAUCAAAUUGCCAACAUCUGCUGGAUCAUCAAAAAGCCAAGAGAGUUCCAGAAAAACAUCUAUUUCUGCUUUAUUGACUACGCCAAAGCCUUUGUGUGGAUCACAAUUAACUGUGGAAAAUUCUGAAAGCGAUGGGAAUACCAGACCACCUGACCUGCCUCCUGAGAAAUCUGUAUGCAGGUCAAGAAGCAACAGUUAGAACUGGACAUGGAAAAACAGACUGGUUCCAAAUUGGGAAAGGAGUACGUCAAGGUUGUAUAUUGUCACCCUGCUUAUUUAUCUUAUGUGCAGAGUACAUCAUGAGAAAUGCUUGGCUGGAAGAAGCACAAGCUGGAAUCAAGAUUGCCGGGAGAAACAUCAAUAACCUCAGAUAUGCAGAUGACACCACCCUUAUGGCAGAAAGUGAAGAGGAACUAAAGAGCCUCUUGAUGAAAGUGAAAGAGGAGAGUGAAAAAGUUGGCUUAAAGCUCAACAUUCAGAAAACUAAGAUCAUCCAGGGCCCUCACUUCAUGGCAAAUAGAUGGGGAAACAAUGGAAACAGUGAGAGACUAUUUCUUUUGGCUCCAAAAUCACUGCAGAUGAUGAUUGCAGCCAUGAAAUUAAAAGACACUUGCUCCUUGGAAGAAAAGCUAUGACCAACAUAGACAGCAUGUUAUUAAAAAGCAGAGACAUUGCUCUGCCAACAACGGUCAAUCUAGUCAAAGCUAUGGUGUUUCCAGUGAGAGUUGGACUAUAAAGAAAGCUGAGCACGGAAGAAUUGAUGCUUUUGAACUGUGGUGUUGGAGAAGACUCUUGAGAGUCCCUUGGACUGCAAGGAGAUCCAACCAGUCCAUCCUAAAGGAAAUCAGUCCUGAAUAUUCAUUGUAAGGACUGAUGCUGAAGCUGAAACUCCAGUACUUCGGCCACCUGAAACGAAGAACUGACUCAUUGGAAAAGACCCUGAUGCUGGGAAAGAUUGAAGGCAGGAGGAGAAGGGGACGACAGAGGAUGAGAUGGUUGGAUGGCAUCACUAACUCGAUGGACAUGAGUUUGAGUAAGCUCCAGGAGUUGGUGACAGACAGGGAAGCCUGGCAUGCUGCAGUCCAUGGGGUUGCAAAGAGUUGGACAUGACUGAGCAGCUGAACUGAAAACUUAAACGUGGGGCUUGGGAGGAGUUUGGUGUUGACUCCUUCAGCAUUUAAAGCUUUUCCCUCCUUGGAUACAGAGAUGGGGUGGAGUAAGCUCUGGCUGGAAUGCUGUCUUUGCAAAUGAGGUGGUCUCUUCAUGACCUUGGGAGAGUUUCUUGUCUUCUUUCUCCCCCAGGCUUCUCCUGGGAUGUGUUACUGAUAAAUUUACAUGGAAAGCAGCUGGAAGUGUUCUCAUCAUCUGUUUUUGACUAUGUAACAUAACAAGCUCACACCCUCCCAUGCUGGCUGACUUCUCUGGGCAAGUGUUCUCUUGUUAACAGCUGCCCACACUUAAGUAAUGAAAAGUCCAGUGGCUGCCGGUUAGAACAAGUGUGUUAAUGGCAGCAGCAGAAGGAAUGAACUAAUUGGUACUGGACUAGGGGUCGGGUGGGGAAUGAAGCAGCUGUUUCUGUAUUUGAAACACGGACCAUGCUGACUUGAGACUUAACCCAAAGAAGUAUAGCCCUCACCCUUCCAUGGUGUCCCACAGGGUCUUAGAAAAUAAAUACUAACUUUCCCCAUGAGGAGAGAAAGGGGGACAGCAUGCAGGGGCCUGGGCUGGUUGGAAAAGCACAGUUGGUCAGUAGGCAAGUUGCUAGAAAAGUUUGCUCUCUCAAACCCAAGAGGGGAAGACAAUGAGGCUCACCACUCCGAUCUUCCUAAGAGGCAGCGUUUCCCUCCUUGUGUCAGUUUAUUUGCUCCUACCACCCAGUUACUUCUGAAGCCAGGCAAACAUCUCUUCUCCAUCUUGUCCUCUCUUGACUCAAUCUGGUAGAACAUAGGGUGGUAAGAGACUGAUCUUUCAGAUUUACCCAGGCUUUGGCCAGAUCAUUCAUGCUGAAGGUGACAGUACUAGUUGAUUACUCAGACUAAGCAAAGGAUCAUUGUAGAGAGAGUGUAGCUCACCUGUUCAUUCAUUAGUUCAAUAAAGACUU